UGACAAUCUAGCAUUGGCAACUGAAACAAAAACAGCAGUCCUCAUGGAUUCAGUUUCAUGUAAUGGCAAUGGCAAAAUGGAUAAGGGUCUUCACGUUGCCAUGCUCCCAUGGCUGGCGAUGGGUCACAUAUACCCGUACUUCGAGGUGGCCAAGAUUCUUGCUCAAAAGGGUCAGUAUGUGACCUUCAUAAGCACCCCCAAAAACAUUGAUCGCAUGCCCAAAACCCCCAAAAGCUUAGAACCAUUCAUCAAACUGGUGGGACUCCCCUUACCACACAUAGAGCAACUCCCAGAAGGUGCAGAGAGCACGAUGGACAUUCCCACUACCAAGAACUGUUUCCUCAAGAAGGCUUACGAGGGCCUCCAAGAUGAUGUAUCCGAGUUGCUCAAAACCUCUAAGCCUGAUUGGGUCUUGUACGACUUUGCAGCUUCCAGAAUGAGCCGUUCUAGAUGCAAAAUUAACACAUGA